AUCUCUGCAUCUAUUGCCCCUCUCACACCCUCUCUCUCUCUCUUUCUUUAACUCUCUUACUCUCUCUGUCUAGAAUGCCUCUAUUCUCCUCUGUCGGUCACACAGCGAUAGAAAGAUAAUAGAGAAUAGAAAGCAUUCAUAGGCGCCAAUAGCGUGUGUGUGUGUGUGUGUGAGAGAGAGAGAGAGAGAGUACACAAAGCAGAGAGACAAGUUUGUGUUUUUCUACUUUUCCAUUUUUUGGGGGAGAGAGAUCUGAUUCUUCACCAUAAGUGUCAUUGCUUUGCCUUGCUUCUCACUCAGCAAAGUUAAAACAAGAAGGGCAUUGCAUUUUUAUUGCCAUUUCAAUCCCAUACAAAAAGCACACCCCAAUUCACUUAUUCACCCCAUUGUCCUAAAACUUCACUCUUUUCUCUGCUAAGAGAAAAGAAAAUAAAAAACCAAAAUGGUUGAAUCUCAGCCCAAGUUCUUCAUCCCCGACUCGAUCAAUGGAGUGAAUUUCGACGUGGCGGCGCAGAUUAAGAUGGUGUGGGAAGUGAUCAAGGCGCCAUUGAUCGUGCCACUGCUGAACCUCGCAGUGUACAUUUCCCUAGCGAUGGCACUCAUGCUCUUCAUGGAGAGGGUGUACAUGGGCAUUGUCAUCAUCCUCGUUAAGCUCUUCUGGAAGAAGCCCCACCAGCGCUACAAGUUCGAGCCACUCCAAGACGACGAGGAACUCGGGAACUCUAAUUACCCCGUCGUGCUUGUGCAGAUUCCAAUGUUCAAUGAAAAAGAGGUGUACAAGGUGUCGAUUGGAGCAGCUUGCAAUCUUUCAUGGCCUGUGGAUCGUCUCGUGAUCCAAGUGCUCGAUGAUUCUACUGACCCUACCAUCAAGCAAAUGGUGGAGAUGGAAUGCAAUAGAUGGGCAAGUAAGGGCAUAAACAUAGUGUACCAAAUCAGAGAAACAAGAGGAGGGUACAAAGCGGGUGCUCUAAAAGAAGGCCUAAAACGUAACUAUGUGAAACACUGCGAGUACGUGGCAAUUUUCGAUGCAGAUUUCAGGCCAGAGCCAGAUUUUCUCAGACGUUCCAUUCCUUUCUUGGUGGGCAACCCCGACAUUGCUCUUGUUCAAGCUCGUUGGAGAUUUGUGAAUUCUGAUGAGUGUUUAUUGACAAGAAUGCAAGAGAUGUCCCUGGAUUACCAUUUCACAGUAGAGCAAGAAGUUGGAUCAGCCACUCACGCUUUCUUCGGUUUCAACGGAACUGCUGGCAUUUGGAGAAUAGCUGCUAUCAAUGAAGCUGGAGGGUGGAAAGACAGAACAACAGUGGAAGAUAUGGACCUUGCUGUUCGUGCUAGUCUUAGGGGAUGGAAAUUUUUGUACCUUGGAGACCUCCAGGCCAAAAGUGAGCUUCCUAGUACUUUGAGAGCCUUCAGAUUCCAGCAGCACAGAUGGUCUUGUGGUCCUGCUAAUUUGUUCCGCAAAAUGGUGAUGGAGAUUGUGAGGAACAAGAAAGUUAAGUUUUGGAAGAAAGUGUAUGUUAUAUACAGCUUUUUCUUUGUUCGCAAAAUCAUCGCCCACAUGGUCACCUUCUUCUUCUACUGUGUUGUGAUUCCCCUUACAAUCCUGGUCCCUGAGGUUCAUGUUCCAAUCUGGGGAGCUGUUUAUAUUCCUUCUGUCAUCACCAUUCUCAAUUCAGUUGGAACACCAAGGUCCAUUCACCUUCUGUUCUAUUGGAUCCUCUUUGAGAAUGUGAUGUCUUUGCACCGUACCAAGGCAACAUUUAUAGGUCUCUUAGAGUAUGGGAGGGCUAAUGAAUGGGUUGUGACUGAAAAACUUGGUGACUCUGUCAACAAUAAUAAUAAGAAUAAAUCAGGAGAUGCUGCCAAGAAGAAUAAUGCCAUCAAGGCCACCCCCAAAAAGACUCGAUCCAAAUUUGUUGAAAGACUUAAUUUACUGGAGCUGGGAUUUGCUGUCUUCCUCUUCGUAUGUGGAUGCUAUGAUUAUGUUCAUGGGAAACACAACUACUUCAUCUAUCUCUUCCUUCAGACCUUAACAUUCUCAAUUGUAGGAUUUGGCUACGUUGGCACCAUCGUGUAAACCUCGUUGAGCCAAAUUUCUCAAGUUACUUAAGUUUCACCAAUGUUGUGUCCAUAUUUUUCUAGUUUCUCCUAAAAAAAUACAUCAAGGGAGGCUGAUUUCUUCAAGCAACAAACGCUGUACCAAAAUCAUCUACAGCUAGUUUAGCUCAAAUCAUUUUCAAUUCGGAAAGAAAAAAGUCCUUUCCAAGAUUUCAUUGCCAUCCAUCAUCAAGAAGAUACAAAUCAUCACAGACAAAGUGCUGUUAUUACUAGAAUUGCAUUAUACAGGCUUAAGUGCAGCUAUGAAGAAGUACCCAAAAAAAGUGGUUAAAUUAGAGCCUUAGAAAUUAAGUAGACAGUGUGAUUUUGUUUGCAUAGAUUGUUUUGUGAGAUUUUAUAGUUAUAUAUUUCGUGAGUCCUUUUAUUUUAGGUUUGCUUAGUCUGAGCCCAAUAAUGUGGUGGAUAAAAAUGCGCUUCUAAUUCAUGUUAUUUGUCAUUUUUUCACCAAGAAAUGAAUUUUAUUUACCAUAGAUGCAAUAAUUUGCUGCUUUCUUUGACAUCUUGUCGGUGUGGAGAACUAAAGAGUAAAAUAAAGGCAUCCUUCAA